CCUCCGCUCGGACUCCAUCUCUGCCCGCCCCGCCCGAUCUAAGCCCCCCUUUCCGGGCGUCUGCUUCGUGCCUGGCACCGGCUGGGCGCCUCGCGACCGUUGUGGUUUGGCUCCCUCCUUUCAGCUUUCCGAGAUGUCUUGUAGAAGCCCCAAAGAUUUAAUUAAAAGUAAAUGGCGGUCAAAGUCUAGUAACUCCAAAUCAGAAACUACAUUAGAAAAUUUUAGGGGGAAAACUGCAGCCUUACAAACAUCAGUGGAUGAAAUCACAGGCGGAAGAGCAAAGCUGACUGAUAAAGAAAGACACAGACUUUUGGAGACAAUUCAAGUUCUUGAAGCUGAGAGGGAGAAGAAUGCUUAUCAUCUCACAGAGAAGGACAAAGAAAUAGAGCGACUCAGAGGCCAGCUGAAAGCCACAUAUAGUACUACCGCACUGCUUGAGCAGCUAGAAGAGAAAACAAAGGAAGGCGAAAGGAAGGAACAGCUGUUGAGAUCCUUGUCUGAAGAGAUAGAUGUAUUGAAAAAACAGUUGUCUAUUGCACCUGCAACCACUGAACUUGAAACCAAACCAUUUCAUGCAUCACAGACUGAGACUAAAAUUCACUGCUGUACCUCACCAAUGAAUAAUAUUCAUGAAAUGGAAAUACAGCUGAAAGAUGCUCUAGAGAAAAAUCAGCAAUGGCUUGUGUAUGAUCAGCAGCGAGAGGUCUACGUAAAAGGACUUUUAGCAAAGAUCUAUGAGUUGGAACAGAAAUCGGAAACAGCUGCUCAUUCACUCCCACAGCAGAUAAAAAGGACUGAAUCAGAAGGUUAUCUUCAAGAAGAAAAGCAAAAGCAUGACUACCAUCUCUUGGCAAAAGCAAAAAAAGAUCUUGAGGCUGAACGACAAACCAUAACUCAGUUGAAUUUAGAACUUCAUGAAUUUCAAAGAAAAUAUGAAGAAACCCAAAAAGAAGUUCAUGACUUAAAUAAACUGUUGUGUUCACAAAGAAAGGCAGAUGUACAACAUCUGGAAGAUGAUAGGCAUAAAACAGAAAAAAUACAAAGGCUCGAGGAAGAGAAUGAUAUUACGAGGAGAAAACUUGAAGAAGAGAAGAAGCGAUCUGAAGAGCUCUUAUCUCAGAUCCAGUUUCUUUACACAUCUCUGUUAAAGCACCAAGAGGAACAAACGAGGGUAGCUCUGUUGGAACAACAGAUUCAGGCAUGUACUUUAGACUUCGAAAAUGAAAAACUUGACCGUCAAAAUGUGCAGCAUCAAUUGCAUGUAAUUCUUAAAGAGCUUCGAAAAGCAAGAAGUCAAAUAAUACAACUGGAAUCCUUGAGGCAGCUUCCUGAACUUGCCUUCACAGAGCCAUUAGUCACUUUCCAAGGAGAGACUGAAAACAGAGUAAAAGUUGCCUCACCAAAAAGUCCCACAGCUGCACUGAAUGAGAGCCUGGUGGAAUGUCCCAAGUGCAAUAUCCAGUAUCCAGUCACCGAACAUCGAGAUCUGCUCGUCCAUGUUGAAUACUGUUCACAGUAGCAAGAGUUCUUUAUUUUUUAUCAAGAGAUUCAAUACUGUAUCUUAUGUUAGUGAAGGAACAUUUUGAAUUCUUUAUUUCAUCUGCCUGUCUACCCUCGAGACUCUGGCAUAAAGUGAUUUACUGUAUUUUUUGGGCUGCUUUGCAUUUUCCUCGGCACUGAUACCUACCUGAGAUGGUUCAUAUUAGGCCUUAGUGUAUGCCGAGAUGGCUAACAUUUUGCACUGUUAAAAUACUUGAUGAAGAAAAGAUAGUUCAGGUAAUUAUUUGUGAAUUAAAUCUAUACACAGGCAAGCAAAUAUUUUGUGUUUGUGGGUUUUUAAAAAUCGAAGGUAAUUAACCAAGUAUCUUACUGUCUUAUUUAGCACUUUUAUCUAAGCACUUGAUAUGUGUAAAUAUACCUACAAUUGAGUCCAUUGUUAAAAGAUGGUGAUACGUUCUCUUUUUUUCCCUUGCUAUUAUAGAAUGGUUAUUAGACAGGUUGGGAAUGUUCUUGGUCUUUAUUGCUGUUUACUGUUGAAACUGUAAACCUACCUAUGUUCUAAGCACAAAGCAGAUUCUGCUUAAGGAAUACUUCUAAGUAGCCACACACACCAAUAUUUUCUGUCAUAUUAACUGGGUCUAACUUUAUGGUUUUUUUGUUUGUUUUUUCAGUCCGCAGGCCAACGCUCUAU